AUGGCGACACCGAAUCAUUUACCAUUCAUCAACCUGACAUACAGUCAUCUCCAUGAUCACUCAUUUGAAUUCUUCCCAAUGCUCACCAUCGAGCUCCGACUUCAAAUUUGGGAGUACGCUGUACAGCAAACCCGGUUUUUGAAGAUCUAUCUCGAGCCGCUCUCUCAGGAUACUAGCACGGAUCCCUAUUCCGGGCUCAAUGCGCUCAACAAGGUCGUGAGUAACGUUGGGUACACUGUCACUGUCAAAAGCCUCCAUUGUAGUAGCAAACUCCUCGCCUCCGCACUUCCACUAAGCCGUACCUUCGUUCCCUUCCUGCAUGAUCUCAGAGCGUACGACCCAAAGGACGUCGGCAUUCUACGACUGGCUUUGGACGACGAACUCGUCACCAAUCUUUACCACAUGAAUCCUUCUCUCGCCGAGGUAGCGUACAAAAGCUUCAUACUCUCCCUUAAAACGUUACAGCAAAUCAUCUGGAUGGCCAGCUCUCCCAUCGGCCGCCCAAUUACGGGUGUCCGAUCGAAUUUGCCCACCGUUGGAUAUCGUUUUAUACACUCCAUGCCCAUCAUGAGCGCCAACGCAUCCUUCGACCUUCUAGAUCCGGAUCUGAGACCUAUACAAUCUGAGCUCCAGUAUACUGCAACAGCAACCAUCGAUCCACGCAAGUUGUCCUUGGUAUGGCACGGAUUUCUUACCAAUACGGGCAUAAUAAGGCAACCUCGCCCGCAGGAGCUCGUCCUUUUUGCAGCAGAGCCUUGGGCUCACGGCCCCCAGGUUCGUAACGGUGAUGCAGCGAAGAUCUUUCUGCACGAAGAACACGAAGGCUGGUUGAGGGGCCAGGAGGAGUCGUCCAGCUUGGUGAAGAAGAAUGCGGGCAAGGUGCCAGUAGAGAGCCCCGAGGAAUUUGAGAAGGCGGUGAGACCGGCGUUUGGGUUCUGGUUGGUUCCGAUGAGCGCACUGAAGGAUCCUGAGCCCUCUCGUGUGUUUAGUUCUCCGGUCUGUGAUUUGCGAGGCCAGAAUGUGGAGUUGGCGCUUGCUCAUUUGUAUGAGUGA